CUUCCGUCGGAACGUUCUCUAUUGAGACGGGGGACGACUUCCUCAAAACAAUGGACUGCUUUGCUAAACCCGCGAGCGCCAUAGCGCAUUACUCGCACGAGCAUAUCCACGACCGCACUUUCUAUUGGACAGCGCCAUCUACAGCCAACGGCCAUCUUUAUCUCAGAGCUACCGUUGCCAGAAACCUGAAGAACUUCUGGACGAACGUGUUCAGCGAUUUUAUCCUUGACGCCAGCAUUCCGAAUGCAUCUCCUACCACACUGAAGACCUGCGCCGUGAGGUCAAAACAAACUUCCGGUGUUUCCAUAACAACCAGCAGCAGCGUCGUGAUUUUUGCAGCUCUCGUUGUUUUGGCCUUUGUCACAAAGUUGACGAAUUGAUAACUUGUAUUUGUCGAUAUGUAUGCUUCAUUUAGUUUCUUUCUCGAAAUAUUGUAGAUUACUUGUAUACGACUGGUUAUAACGUGCGUGUACAUGGAAAUCACACAGUCAUAUAUAGACUUUAUAACUAUGAUGUUAGCGUGCACAAGACGUUAAAAUUCAACAUGAAAGAAUGAACAUAUGUCGUGUGUUUCUGCUGCUUUUGUGGAUCUUCGGAAUUAUUGCUUACUUUCAUGUUUUAAACUAGUAUAGACCAGUAGAAACUUAAUUUUAUAGAUUUAAACAGCGUAUCACAUAACGCAGUCAUUUUUGAAAAUCAUCCCAACGUUCCUCCAAUAUACAAAAGAAAUCUUAAAAUAAACGUCAGCCUUUGCUACGCAAUCUAAAUCUUUAAAAAAAAACGUUCAUGACCACUGUAACAAGUUUUUAAUGCAGAAAUCAU